AUGUCAACCAAAAACUGUGUGUAUAUUUAUGACGGCGAAGGCGCCAGUGAAGUAUCCAAGCUUCAUCUCAAGCAUUCCUUAGUAGAAAAUCUUUCCACCAGGUAUAAUGUCCAGUUCAUUUCACCAGACGAAAUCUUGAAGGGAACAUGGACUAGAGAUGCAGCAGUAAUGGCGUUCGGUGGUGGGUUCGAUAAAGGAUUUAUCCGGACUUUAGGCUCAGUAGGGGUAGCGAAGAUCCGAUCCUAUGUUUUGAACGGGGGGAAAUAUUUGGGUAUUUGUGCAGGGGGGUAUUUUGGUUGUGAUUAUAUUGAAUUUGAUAAAGGUGGGCAACUGGAAGUGUGUGGGGAGCGACAUCUCAAAUUUUUCCCUGGGUGCGGACGAGGUCCGGUGUAUCCAGGAUUCAAAUAUGACGACUUGAAAGGAUCUAUGGCUGCUCCGAUCGAUUUCCAAACGUCUGGAACUACAAGAGAGAUAAUCUUUACAUAUUUUCACGGAGGAGGAUGCUUUCUACUGAACGAAUCAAGGCAUAUUCAACUGACACGGACUGCUGACUGGAAUGAACGGUUAGAUCCGAUACGCAACAAUUUUAAACCAUCUCUCGAAGACUAUAAACAUUUCCAUGACAAAGGCUUUGGUAGUAAUCAUUUGAGACCUCGAACAGUUUGUCAAAUUUAUGACAGAACUUUUGACAAUGGUGGAAUCACAGGCUCUCUUAGGGACUCAGAUCUUGCCACGAAAACGGGUCAAAAUUAUCCGAAAAACAAUGACGACUAUAAAAGAGUAUCAGUAACGGAAGGCAACUCAAAUUGCACCACGACGACAGAGGAUAAGAAUCAAAAAUCUGGAUUAGGCCAAGCUUCAGGCGAACGGUCUGAACCAAUGGCUCUAAACCUAAAUCAUGACAUACUUAGUGAUCCCCAAGAAAGAAACACCGGUCCUACUUCUGGUGUAUCAGAACUGGAAAUUCUAAGCCGAUAUUGUGAAAUUCCUGGAACGCCACCAGCAAUCAUAAAAUCUCGAGUUGGCCAGGGUCGGGCGAUAUUGUGUGGGGUUCAUAUUGAAUAUAUUCCCAGGCUAUUACUAGAAAUGGAACCAACCCUAAAGGAAUUGGUAAAGACUUUAGAAGACACCGAGAAACAAAGACUGGAUUGCUUUAGAUCAUUAUUACAGCAACUUGACUUGAAAAUGAAAUGAUAUAGAGGUGUAUAAAUACUGUUCAUUUUGAAAUACUAACUUAUGAUUGAUAUACUUCCUUAUAUAAAGAGCUACUACUUUCAAUGCAGGUACCAGAAAUAAAACGGAGUAUGUGCAAGCUUCAU